AUGAACAACUACCACCUGUACGAGGAGAUCGGCCACGGGAAGUUCUCUGUCGUGUACAAAGGCCGCAAGAGGCAUACCAUCCGCUACCUCGCGGUCAAGAGCGUGGAGAAAGGCCGACGAGACAAAGUAGUGAACGAGGUGAGCGUCCUGUCCCGGCUCAACCACCCGAACGUCGUCGGACUGGUCAGCUCCCACGAGACCCGCAACCACCUGUGGGUCAUCUCGGACUUCUGCGCAGGCGGGGACCUCCUGCACCUGCUGAAGCAGGACGGCCGCCUGCCCGAGGCCCAGGUGCGCCCCUUCGCCCACGACCUGGCGGCGGGGCUUCUCCACGUGCAGGCGAGGGGCGUGGUGUACUGCGACAUGAAGCCCGCCAACGUGCUCAUCAGCGAGGACGGCGCGCUCCGGCUCUCCAACUUUGGCCACGCGCAGCCCCUGGAUGACCUGGCCCGCCUGCUGCGGGAGGGCGCGGCACUCCCGCGACGGGGCACGCCGCACUACAUGGCGCCCGAGCUGUUCCACGAGCGGGGGGUGCACUCGUUCGCCUCCGACCUGUGGGCCCUCGGCUGUGUCGUGCACGAGAUGCUGACCGGCAGGCCGCCCUUCCACGCCACGUCGAUCCCGGAGAUACAGGACCUGAUCCUGCACGCGCCGCUGCCCAUGGCCGCCGACGGCUCACCCGACCUCCAGGCCCUGCUGGCCUCGCUGCUGCAGAAGGCCCCGCUGGACCGGGCCUCCUGGCGGUCCCUGAGGGCGCACCCGCUGUGGGAGGGCCGCCCCCCGGGCGACGACGCGGACGCCGCUGGCCUGCCAGAGCAGCCGCAGCUGCCACAUCUUCGGAUGCCGGCUGCGCAUAAGAGCGACUCUGAGGUGUGCGUGGCGGACGCCGUCGGGUGCAAGCCGAUAUCCCGGAACCCGCAGAUUGAGGAGCCGGAGCUCCUGGAGGUGCCCGCCGGCCUGCCCUUCGAGAGCCUCAGCUCCGAGGAGAUCUGCGCCUGUGCGCAGCAGCACGUGGACCUGGAGGCGUUUUUUGCACAGCUGUGCCGGUGCCUGUCGCAGGGGCCCCUGGAGCAGAGGCUGGGGACCGUGAGGUACCUCGAGCACGUCUGCGCGCACAUGCACGUGGCGGACCUCGUCGUGAACUCCCAGCUGCUCAGGCUGGUGCUGCACACGCUGCAGCCCAGCGGCACCGCUGGCCCGCCCGCGCCGCUCGCGCUGCGCGCGGGGCUGCUGGCGCUGCUGGGGCAGCUGCUGCGGCACGCGACCUACCUGCAGCCCGCGGCCGCGGAGGCAGGGCUGCUGGACGCCCUGCGGGACGCCCUCGGCGACCGCGAGGGCGUCGUGCGCCGCCGCGCCGCCGCCGCCCUGGGCGAGCUGCUUUUCUACAUCGCCACGCAGCCGGCCACGGAGGAGGCGGAGGCGGACGCGGCCGGAGGCGCCGCGAACGACUGGCAGGUGCCCAGGGUGGCCCUGAGCAGCUUCGUCCUCGCGUUGACGUCGCCCGACGGGGACGAGGUGGUGCAGCACUAUGCCGCCAAGACGAUCGAGAACGUGGCCACCCAGGCGCCAGCCGUGGCCCAGGAGUGGUUCUUCUCGCCCGAGCUGAUCCAGGCCUUGACGCGUCACGCGUGCCACGCCGCCUCCGACCCCUUCCGGCUGAGCUGCCUGUCCGCCGCCGCCCGCCUGGUCCGCGACUGCGCGGAGGACGUCGACGCUGCCGCCCUCGUGGACCCAGCCUUGGUCAGGGCCGGCCUGGGCGAGCUCGCGCCGCACGGCGUCCCCCACAGCCUGCAGCUGGUCGCCGCGGUGCUCCUGCGGGCCCCGGGCCCGGAGCGGGCGGAGGCGGCCCUGCCGCAGGACGCCGCGGAGCUGCUGCUCGCCGCCACGUCGCAGCCGCGGCACGGCGCGGGCCUGCGCGCUCGGGCGGCGUUGCUGCUGGCCCUGCUUCUGGCGCUGGAGGACCCCCAGGAGCCCAGGCGCCUCAUCGCCGCCCUCGACGGCGCCCUCGUGCCCAGCGUGGACCGGCUGUGCCGCGAGCGCGGCCACUUCGUCGCGCAGUGUGUGGCCGCCACCGCGGUGGUCAUGGAGGCGGUGGCCGCCGGGGCGCUGCAGGGCCUCGUCGAAGGGCUGCGGCGGCCGCCGUGGUCGCCCGGGGCCGCCGCGGCCGACCUUGCGGGCUCGCCGAAGAGGCUCUUGCCGGCCCUGCUGCACCUGGCGGCGUCGUCGAUGCUGUGCGGGUGCGUGCUGGGCGCGCGCGCGCUGCCGCUGCUCGGGACCGCGUGCGAGCUGGCCUCGCAGCUGCCGCCCGCGCCGCGCGGCCCGGGCGAGCUGCAGCCGCUGCUGCUGAUGGUCGUGGAGGCCCUGAGCGCGCAGCAGGCCCUGGUGCUCGAGUGCGCCUUGCAGGUGGUGCGCUGCAUCCUGCCGCCGCUGGCGAGCUUCUUGAAGAGCGACCAGGGCGACGUGCGGCUGCUGGCCCUGAAGUGCUUCUCGGGCUUGUGCCUCACGCUGGUGAACGACGCCCACGCGUUCAGCCCCGAGGCCGACCGGCCCUCGGAGGCCGCGCGGCUCCUGCAGACGCUGCUGUGCCGGAGCCGCGGUCUCUUUGUUGCGCUGAGACCUUGCCGGGGGAUGGAGGCCGGGCUGGCGAGGCUGCUCCACGACGUGGGGCAGGCGCUGACCACCGCCUUCGUCGUCCGGGCCUCGGUGGCCGACUGCCCGGAUUGCUGGUGCAGUCCGGCCUUGCACUGCCCAGCGCUGCAGUGCACGUGCCCCAGCGGCGAGGGCACCCUGGCGGCCGCCGCCACCCCGGGGUGCCCCGGGUCCCAGCUGGCCUGGGUGGCAGGCCUCUCGCUGCUCCUGGGCGCCGUGCUCGGGGCCGCGGCCGUCUCGUGGGCUUUGCGGCCUCGCCCGAGGGCGCUUGCGGCGCCCGCCGCGGCGCCCGUGGAGGCGGACAGCGCGCCGGCGGGCGACGACCUCGCGCACCCCGCGCUGGAGCAGGCAAAGGCCUUCCGCAGGACGCCGGGGUACGUGAUGACCCCGGACUUCGACGAUUACGGCGAGACCACGAACCCAGACGCGGACGUGAUGGAGAUCCACUUCGUGCACGGGCAGGGCGGCAGGGCUGGAGGCAUCCCGGAGAACCGGGUCUACAGGUUUCGCCGCCUGCCCACGGCGGCCGAGAUCUGGAGCGCCCUCCGCCGCGGGGCAGCGCUGGGGCACGGGCCGAUGCCCGCUGGGCCCUUCCUCCUCACGCUGUCCGCGGUGAACUGUGCAGGCGCGCCGGCGGGCAGCAUACCGCUGGCGGACCCGGCGAUCGUGGGCCCCCCGCCGGGCGGCGUGGCCGGAGCUUACCCCGCGGCAGCGGUCCCAGGCGUGCUGGCGCUUCCUGGGGCGGCCCCGCCGGCCCCACCGGCGGCCGCGGCCGCGCCAGCGCCGGCAGCCGCGGCCCCAGCCGCCGUGGCCCCCGCCCCCGGGGCGGCCGCUGCUCCAGCGGGUCGGGCGCCGGCGGUGCCAGACACCGCGGCGGUUGCGCCGCAGCCGAGCGGGGAGCCCGCGCCAGGCUGGCACUGGGUGGCCGCCGAGGACGUCGACGGCGCCGUGACGUUCGGCGCGAAGGUGGCCGUCGGGGUGCCGGGCGGAGCGACCCUCGUGGGCCGCGCGGGGCGCCGCGGGCUUCUCACGCUCGCCGGCGGCGCCGGAGCCAGCGCGGUGCUGCUGCAGGACAGCGAGAUCCCGUGGUUCACGCAGGAGUACCGCGGGAGCGACGCGCGCACGCUCGAGAUCCCGCCAGGAGCCGGGCAGCCAGGCGGCAACUCUCGGGAGUGGCGCGAGGUGGUGCAGCUCUGCCGCGAGGAGACCGUCCCGGGGUUUGGCGUAGCUCCGCCGAGGACGGCGCAGUGGUGUGCCAAGUACCAGGUGAAGGAGGGGGGCCCAGUCCUCCAUCAUGAGAUGUGGAAGUCAAAGCGCAAGCUGAACCCAACCGACUUCGGGGUGGACAUGCACGAGACGAUCUCCAAGAUGAUCGAGGCCAUGGGCUCGGCCGACCACCUGGACGUCUACAACUUGGCGAGCGCGGAGCUCGGCUACAGGAAGCUCCAGCUCAUCGAGCACUACUGGGACGACAGGAGCGCGGAGCAGCAGCAGCACAACAUGCGGAUGCCCUUGGAGGAGGCCUUCGCAUUCAUGGGAGGCUCGAGGUCCCCCUCGAUGGUGCGCCCCGAGCUGCUCGAUUCGGUGUCGAAGGAGCUGGAGCGGAUCCACAGCAUCAAGAAGAACGCGAGGAAGCUGAGGGAGGAGCAGAAGGCCAACAAGGGCGGCCGGGUGGUGGGCGGAGGCGACGACCACAUGCAGCGGUCGCUCCUGCCUUUGCCAGUCCCUGACUGGUGUCGCGCGCAGGCUGCUGCCGGCGACGGCGGCGGUCGCGCAUCGCGGCGUCGCCGCGCCAACAGGACGCUGCAGGGUGAGCUCGUGGCCGAGCUAGUAGUGGCGCUCAACCAGCUGGAUGCCGGCUCUGAUGACCCGCCGCGCCGUGCUGGCCAGGAGCCCAACAGGAUGCAGCAGCUUUGCCUGGAGCAUCUCGCCGAUAGCUGUGCGGCGAUGGGCUCCAUUCCUCCAGACUUGUCGACCGAGGUGGCCCUCCGGGAGCUCCAGGUUGGCGCCGGCUACUCCGACGGCGAGCCCGUCACGGUGGCCCCCUUCGCGCACGACCUCGUGUCUCUGCCAGCUGUGGGCGGUACGCCUGUGCCCCUGAGCCAGUUGUUGGGAGACGACGGUCCAGACAUCGUGCGAAGGUUCAUCACUUCGAAGGUUUUGCCAAUUCAAAGCGCCGAGAUUUUUAAGAAGGAGGCUGGCUUCGCACGCCCUUACCUGGAUCCAGUGCUGCGGCAGCCCGCGGCCUACCUGGCCUUCGUCGAGAGGAUGAGGGACGGUGGCAUGCUGGAGUUCAGGGUCGAUGAGGGCAAUUUUGAGGAAGUCGGUCUAUUCACCGUUUGGAAGAAGGAUGGUCGCCAGCGCCUGGUGAUCGAUUGCAGGGGCAGCAACUUCAGGUUCGCGGAGCCCGACAAGACCAGCUUGGCGUCCGGGGGCAGCUUCAGCUCCAUCGAGCUGGCGCCGGGCGAGGUGCUGUGGACGGCGGGAGUCGACAUAGCGGACGCCUUCUACAACAUGGGCCUGCCGCCGGAGCUCCGGCACCUCUUCGCGCUCCCGCGGCUUCGGGCAGCGCAGCUCGGAGUGCGUGAGCUGGGCGGGCGUCCAGUUCCAGGCCGCGCUUGGGUGCGCCCGUGCUUGGCCGUUUUGCCUAUGGGCUGGACGCAUGCGCUCGACUUUUGCCAGAAAGUGCACAGAAAUAUCUUACUCCAGAAGGGAGGGUUUGAGAACGUUCCCGAAGUGGUCGAUGGUAUGCCGACGCCUCCCAUCCAGGACGGGGCCUACACAGCCUAUGUUGACAAUUUCAUUUCCUUUGGUGUGAAUCCUGACAGGCCUGCGGCCCUCCUGAGGCGCCCGCUCUUGGCCGUAUUUAGUUAUGUGUAUGCCUUCUCGAGGAAGUACUUCGAUCGGGUGAUGAAGCUGCCGCCGUCUGUCCGCCGUGAGCUUCGUUGGGCCGCCUCCCUGAUCCCCCUGGCCUGGGCUGAUCUCCGGGCCACCUGGUCUCCCAGGGUCUACGCGAGCGACGCUAGCGAGGAGGGGAGGGGCGCGUGCCAGAAGGAGGCCGGCCUGGGAGCAAUUCGUGGUGCUGGGAGGUACGGGGAGAGGUGGCGAUUUCGACGAGCAACUGCUUCGCGACCUCGCGACUGCCUCUUCGAGCAGAGCGACCCGCCGACCGCCGACACCGCGAAGGUCGAGCCGAUCGCCGAGUUCGUCGUGUCGCCGGAGGUGGGGCCCGUCGCGUCGCCGGAGGUGGCGGUGGAGGAUCCAGAGGGUAACUUGUGGAAGGUCCCAGAGGUGGAGGAGGAACUGUACGGGGGGAGGUGGCAGGUCGUGUCGAGCGGAGGGUGGGCCCGGUCCGAGAAGAUCAUCGUCCUCGAAGGUCGGGCGCUCGUUCAUUCUCUUAGGCACGCACUUCGCGACUCGAAGUCUUUCGGUAAGCGUAUCCUCUUCCUUUGCGAUAACAUGGGGCUCGUGUGUGCUAUGGAGAAGGGCCGCUCCUCAGCUGGGGGCGUCCUCCGCGUCGCCCGGCAAUGGGCCGCCUGGUGCCUGGCGGGCGCGGUGCAGGCCUCGGUGCGCUGGAUUCCGUCUGAACGGAACGUCGCCGAUGCGCCGUCGCGCCGCCACAUCCCCCUCGGGGUUUGGCUCGACAGCGCCGCGGCGGACACUGCCGAGGGCUUCGAGCAGUGGGCCGUCCGGGACGCCGGGCGCAGCAGCCAGCAGGCCGACUGCCGCAGCGCCGGCCUCGAGCUCGCCGAGCUGGCCGUCCGCGAGCCUGCCGUCGGCGCUCUGCGGGGCGCCCGCCGCCGCAAGAUGGCGCGAGCUGCGAGGCGCGGGCAGGGAGCUACUGCUGCUGCUCGUCGGACGGCGCUCCGAGGCCCUGGAUCGCUGCUGCAGCGGGCGUCGGUGACUCCGAAGACCGCGGCCCAGUACGACGGUCUGUGGCAGGACAUCCUUCGCAUGUGGCUGCGGCUGCGUCCGGCGGGCUCCCUGCAGGCGGAGCCGGGCGACGACGAGACGGACUUCGUGGUCGCCAGCUGGAUGGACCAGGAGUACUCGUUCGGGGAGCUGGCGCAGAGGGGCACCAAGGGGCUAGCGGCGGUGAAGUUUUUCCGGCCGCAGUUCGCGAAGUCGGGAGGGCUCUCCCUUCCGCGCUCGGCGCAGGCCUUGAAGGGCUGGAAGCGGCUCGCCCCUGGGCGGGCGCGGCUGCCGCUGCCGUGGGAGGUCGUCGCGCUGAUCGCGCUGGAGCUGCUGCUGACCGGCUUCUGGGCGAUGGCGGCUUGGACGAUCAUCACCUUCCACUGCUACCUGCGCCCCAGCGAGCUGCAGCGGGUUACCGCCGAGAUGCUCGUGCCGCCUGUGCCGGGGGCCCACGUGGCGAACUGGGCGAUCGUGCUGCACCCGAGCGAGGAGGAGAUCAGCAGCAAGACAAGGGAGUUCGACGAGACCGUGGUGUUCGAUCUGCCGCUGUUCCACUUCCUCGUGCCCGUGCUCGCCUACCUCAAGAGGGAGACGCCGGCCGGGCAUGCCCACUACUUCGUUGUAGAUUGCCAGACGUCGCAGCAGGAGAGGCCGCAUUUCAUGGCCAUGGAUCCGUGCAGCAUUCCUUUGCCAUUCCAUUGCCAUUUGAG